AUGGCCACCACUAUCGAGAUUGAUGGCAUCGUCACAGAGAGCUUGCCUAGCGCUGUCUUCACGGUCCAAUUGGAGAACGACGCUGUCGUUCGCGGCCACAUUUCUGGCAAGAUUCGCAAGAAUUAUAUCAAAAUUCUCGUCGGUGAUAAGGUCAGGUGUGAGCUCUCCCCAUAUGACCUCACCAAGGGCAGAAUAACUUUCCGCUACAAGUAAACUCGACUUCAUCAACCACAUGACGUGCAGCAUGCGCCCGUAAUGUCCCGCCGAACGACACAAUAUCGACGACACUUCGAGAAGCUGCCGGAGGAAACAGUCGCCCCUAGUGCCAAGCAUUGCGAGACGUUGCUUUUUAUUGACUUUGUCUGGGUGAUUGACGGUUCAAGAGCGCUAAAGCUAAAUUGCACGGCGAUUAGUGAUGCUACUCUGGGAGUGAGUCCAUGUACGAGGGAUGUUUGGAGUUGACCGCAACUAUGCGAAGGGAAUUAUGAGGGACCGAACGAAUGCCACUAUGGGGUAUAGCGAUGAGUAGCAUUCUUUCCAACUUGUUUUGUGGGUGUGCGGAAAUGAUUGCGACCUGUUCAGCAGGAGUUGGAUCUAGUUAUUGUUAAUUUUAAAACUAUUCUCGCAUUU